AUGACUUCGCAGCUGUCAUGUCUCGAAAACUUGCCGAAUGAAAUCCUGGAUGAGAUUGUGAGCUAUCUUCCAGUGGAUACUCCCUCCGAAUCCAACUUUCAUCAUACACCCAGAACACACUUCACAGCUUCCAGUACGCAGAACCUGAAGAAUGCCGCACAAGUAUCCUCCCGGCUGCUCGAGCUCGUGCGAUCCAGACUCUACGCGCAUUCUCGAUUCUACCUCGAUGAUUUGUAUGACUUCCUCAAUUUUGUCACAUCGCAUAGAUUAGAGCGCUAUAUUACCUCGCUUGUCGUGCUACUCGGGAAUGAUCCGCCUCGUGACUUGGACAUCAAUCGGUUGCUUCGACAUCUGUCCAACCUCAACCCAUUGCAGAUCACUGUUCUUGCACCACCUUCGCGGAUUGGAACCAUGUUGAACACGAAGGCUCCAGAGGAGCACAAUUGGGCAUUUCAGAUUACUCAUCAGUUGUGUCAGUGGGAGCGAAGUAUACCGCCUGAGUCCCCGGUCUUCACGACUAACCCGUCAUCCAACCCGUUGGAUAUCAUGGCCUAUUCAUCUCUCAGAUUCAAUGAGGGCUCCUCGCUCAGAGCGUACGCACAUUACGAGUACUUCUUGUUCGAGGUUCCGUCCGUGCUUGGUAAAUGGGGCACCAUAGCCUCCAUGGGUACCGAAGAGGAGAAACUGUCCAUAUCGCGCGGGCUCCGACAUCUGACUUCGUUCAGCUACACCGCUAUAUUCCCCUUCUAUAAUCAUGUGAAAUUGGUAUUAGAUGCCCUGGAGUUGAUGAUGAACUUGCAAUCAUUCACCGUACAACUGGCCCCAUGCUCAGAAGACUCAGCCAUUGACUUGGCAAACAGAGGCCCCAUCGAUCCUAACGAUCCAUGGAUGGAGCUGGCUACGGGGUACGAUAUCAUCGCUCAUUCCAUCAUCGAGCUGGGACGUAGCGCUUCGCUUGUUCAUUUCCGCACCCUUGACUACCAAAACGAGGCACUUCGUGUUGAACUCAGCCAAUCGUUAGGCGCAAAGUUCAAAGAUACUGAAUGGGAGAUGAAUGGCCAUGGGGAAUGGACCAAAACAGCGUCGAAUGGAGGAAUCAAGAACCGCAUCACAAUAGAUAAUCAUCCCGGCCUGACCCUAUGCUAUUUGAUUUGCAAUUCACAAUUCAUCACCUUUUCAUACCAUUGGUGUACUUUCUUGUCCGAGCCUCACUGCCACUCUCGAUCCCAAAAACUAUACGGAGUAGAAGUAUACGAUCUAGGACCGCCCGCGAUAUCGUUCACUCGGACAGCCAUGGAUUCCACCAGUGACUUACAUGCUGCUGAACCUGCGCUUCCCACUCUGGCACACAAGUUGCUGUUAUCCGAUGAAGCAAGCAGUAGUAGCCGGCAGUCCGUGGACGACAUAGACUCAAGUCAUCCGCCACACCCGACAGAGUCCUGGAACCUCUACGCAGAUAUCAAUGCUGGAUUGCAAGCAUCGCGGGGGAGUGUAUUCCGCGCUGGCUCUGUGAUCGGUUUCUCGCGGCUCCGAAGCAAGAGCAACGAGAAUACAGAAGAUGAUGAAUACUUAAGCCAGCUCCCUCGAGCUCUCCUCACAGCCCACUUGAUCCGCCAAGCCCAAACCCUCAACAGCCCCAGCUCAAUCACCGUCUAUAUUGUCCAUCCAGCCACAUUCAACGCCUUCUCCCCCAGAAGACUCCUCGCCUCCCUGCUCAACACCACCAAAACCACCACCAACCGCCAAUCCCUCACGCGCGACGCGGCAAUCGCCUGCCUCGACCGCGUCCAACUCUUCCCCGUCUUCGACCUCAACGCCGCAUCACAAGCCAUCCACGAAAUCAGCUCAGCCGUAGCAUCAUUACCCGCUAGUUGCGAAUCCCUGCCUCCCAACAAAGCCAUCGUGCUCGUCGCCGGCCUCGACACCCUCGCCGAGGGCGUCGUACGCACGUCCAACGCAGCGCGAGGCGCGGCCGCCCUGACGACUGCCCUCCGGACAUUAACACACUUGACCCGCACCACUAGUCCUGCAGCGGUGUCAGUGCUGCUGGUCAAUACGAGUGGACUGGGGACGACGACAGCGACCGUCAAUGCUAAUUAUGCGAGUGGCGGGUCAAUCGCAAUGCAGGAUGAGCCCGGCAGCCGGGAAAAUGGGAUUCGGUCCGCAUUUGGCGCGAACGGGGCGAGCCUGUUUCCGAGCUUGUUGGUGCGGAUAUUGGACCAGGGGCUUGAUACACAUAUCUUAGUGUCGACUAAGGGGUCAGGGGUGGUGGUGGAGGUUAUCAAGGACCGGCUGGGCGAGGGGAUCGGGAAGUGGUGUGUUUGGGAGAGCAUUUGA